CAUCGCCGCAGGCACGUGAAGACACAGAUCAGACGCCGACGUGCGAGGUGUAUCGCGUGUUGUAAGUACCGUGCCUUUUCUGUGAUGUCUACCGUUCGUUGCGCGGAGUCGAUAUGAGUGACGAGCCAGCGGUUCACCAGAGCUUCCACUCGAUCCUGACGUUACAGUGUCCCCAGUGUACCUCAAGAAAAACAUUCUGGAAGCCGUUCGGAGAUUAUUCGGAGAGGAGGGAACCAAGAGUACCGUAGACAUCCUGAAGCUCUACCCCUCGAAGCGCAGAUUCAUCCUGCGUUGUCCGUACAACAGCUACGUUCGACUACGAGCAGCCUUGACUCUGAGUACCAAAUACGAAGAGAAAACGUGCGUGUACACUGUUCAUCGAGCAUCACCGAAUUUAUUGUCGUUCACUGCCAAUAGUAGAACGUAUCGGCACGGAGAAAUACCGUCCGAAUUUACAUAAUGCCACUGAUACGCAAGGAAGGCAAGGAUACCAUUAUCUUUGCAUCUAAGGAGGAUCAUGCGGCGCCUAGUAAAAUUAGUUUGCCUGAACCGGAGCCCAGUCCCGGGUUGCUGUUGCCCAACGGCGAGAUCAAUUGGAACUGUCCGUGUCUGGGAGGAAUGGCGACCGGGCCAUGUGGCUUAGAAUUCCGUGAGGCCUUCUCUUGCUUUCACUAUUCGACCGCAGAUCCAAAAGGUUCGGAUUGUCGCAAAACGUUUGAGACGAUGCAGGCAUGCAUGUCGCAAUAUCCGGCCUUGUACGAGAAUAAAGGUACGUCGACGGACGACCUGGACAACGAUGAAGAGGAAGAGAUUGACCAGGAAGCGGAAAAGAAAAUGCAAUCGACGGCGAGCAGCGAAGACAAGAGAAAAGCGGUGGUUACCAGUCAAAGUGCGGCGGACUAGCGAUAAUCACCUACGUCUUGUCUUUCUAUCUUAAUUACUCUAAGUAAAUUAAUUACCUACUGCACUGUAUAGUUUCGCAAAAUAAAUUUUUAGGAAGAGUAUUUGCUAUUAAGAGUAAAUCGGUAGAAUUACUCUUAUUAAGCGAAUAACUUGGAACAGCU